CAUUGGCCAGUCUGUGUUGCGGGUCGGCGACACGAUUGGCUGAAGCUCCGGGCCCGGGCAGCAAGGCCCCGCGGGAUUGGGUCCGGGCUCCCAGGGCCCGCCUCCCGCACGGUCUACUCGACCCAGGGUCGCUGAGGGAAGGGCCGCGGGCUGCCGGGGCGGGCGGGCUGUGGGAAACAUGGCGGCGGCGGACCUCGCCCAGAUAGCCGAUGUGGACAUCGAUCCCGACGGCGUCUUCAAGUACGUGCUAAUCCGAGUUCACGCGGCGCCGCCCUCCGAGGCCCCGGCCGGGAAGAGCAAGGAGAUCGUGCGGGGCUAUAAGUGGGCCGAGUACCACGCCGACAUCUAUGACAAGGUAUCGGGCGAGAUGCAGAAGAAGGGCUAUAGCUGUGAGUGCCUGGGAGGCGGGCGCAUCUCCCACCAGAGCCAGGACAAGAAGAUCCACGUGUAUGGCUACUCCAUGGGUUACGGUCGUGCCCAGCACUCAGUCUCCACUGAGAAGAUCAAAGCCGUGUACCCGGACUACGAGGUCACCUGGGCCGACGACGGUUACUGAGGCCUGCCCGAGCGGCCCACUAUACCCCCUGGCGCUAUGCACCCCGGGCCAGGCCUUGGAGACCAACAGCAGCCGGGCCCGAGCGCCCAGGUUUACCUCACCUGCAGGAAUUAAAAACGUUAUCACCCCUGCUCUUCCUCA